AUGGAAAAAGCUUUAGAACGAGCUUUGGAUCGUGCAGAGUGUGUCAUUGAAAGUGUGCAGGAGAGUGUCCUUAAACGCAAACGGUCAUCCAGUGGGGGAAAAUCUCUCCAUGACAAACUGUAUGACCUCUAUGUCGAAGAAUGUGGAAAAGAGCCUGAGGUUACAGAGGAAUUAAUAAGCAAUGUGAACUUGUUAGAAAAGCUUGUUCAGAGGGAGUCCUUGUCCUGUUUGGUGGUCAACCUGUACCCAGGAAAGGAGGGCUAUUCGCUGAUGCUCAAGGGACCAAGUGAACCACAUUCAGAGACCAUUCGACUGCCUUAUGAAGAAAGGGCAUUUCUAGAAUACCUAGAUGCAGAGGAAUUGCCUCCUGUAUUGGUGGAUCUCCUGGAAAAGUCCGAGCUGAACAUUUUUCACAGUGGGUGUGUCAUAGCAGAAGUUCGGGACUAUAGGCAGGGCAGUAAUGCGGUGCCCCCUGGUUACCAGAGCAGGCACGUCCUCCUCCGCCCAACGAUGCAGACGUUGGCCUGCGAUGUACAGUCCAUAAGCAGUGAUAACCAGGAAUGGACCCAGGAAGACAAACUGUUACUUGAGAGCCAGCUGAUCUUAGCUACAGCUGAACCCCUGUGUCUUGAUCCUUCUGUAUCAGUAGCCUGCAUUGCAAACAGGCUGCUCUAUAACAGGCAAAAGAUGAACACUCCGGCGAUGAGAAGGAACUUCAAGAAGUAUUCCACAGCCUCCCUGAAUGUGCAGCAGGAGCCAUCUUGUAGUCUGGACCCUCACAACAAAAGGGAGGGCAGUCAAGCAGCGCAGCAGGAUAACCUCAAAAUUUCCAAGGCAGGAAAAGGUGUGGAUAUGUGGAACCAGAGACCCUGUGACUUGGCAGUCCCUUCUGAGGUGGAUGUAGAGAAAUAUGCUACAGAGGAGAGGUCUGUCAAAUACGAUGACUCACCACUAAAAGUUUGGCCAGCCUCUGGGGUAAAUGAUGAUAUUUCUCUAUUUGGAUGUGAAGCUGGUGAUCAGUCCCAGACAACAGAGCUGACCUUCAUGAACUCUCUUAAUGAUCCAUUUAUCUCAGGAACAGGAAGGUCACCUAAAAAACCCAGAUGUGGGAAACAUGUGUUUCCCUACCAGUCCUCCACAGGUGACCACUGCUAUAGUUUGAUGCCUGAGUCUAACAUUGACACUGGGGAAACAGACACUCUGUUUGAGGAACUGGAGCCACUGAGCUCUGAAUGUGCCUUCCAUGUGACACAGGGCUCCAGCGGCUCAGGCCCUCUGAGCCAGCUUCCUCUGCAGAAAGAAGCAGCACAGCCUCUGGCCACGUCAGUCCAGUCUUCAGUACCUGGGGAGGGAGUGCAGUGCGUCCCUCCACCCAUCAGCCUCCUCUCCAGCUCAGGAAAGAGUGCCUCAGGUAAUAACAGUUUCACUCCCCAGCAGGCAAGCCGCAUUCGCCUUCUUAAAAUGCCAUCUCCUAUCCCUGCUUCAAAGCCACCGAGUCUUCUUCAGAAAUCCUCUGUGGAAGUGAACCGUGUUAGCACACUUCCUACAGCCACCCUGUGUGCUGCCAGCUCAGCACAAACAAUUCCUGCCAGCCAGGUCAAGGCCAAGUCUGCUGGCUCCAACAUCAUCAAAUUGGCAGGCCCUUUUCCUGCAGGGACCGUGGUGAGAGUUUCUAAACCCAUGAAGGGCUCUACUGCCAGGGCCAAGGCUCCUGUAGCAAUUAGGCCUAGCCUGCUGUCCUCAAGAACCCAGCCACCAAGUAUACGACCCAUUGUGCCACAGGCUGCUUCUCAAGGAAGAGUUCAGUAUAAUAUAGACCUUUCAAAAUUUAGGCCUGUUGGUGUACUCUGGGUUCCACAUGGUGUCGACAUUUGGCAAACCCAGGAACCACAGCAGCUGCUUUGCCAUUUGAUUCCACCACCACAGCUUCAGCAGCCCCCCACUUCUCAGCAGCCAAUGUUGCAGAGUUCAAGUGUACAAGGUUCAGCCAAUCAGCAAACAGCCUCAUCUGCUCACCUAACCACUGUCAUUAACCGCAACCGGGUUGGAAGCGUUCUGCAGCCCCAGAUCGUGGUGCGGUCUCAGCCCGUGGUGCGGUCUCAGCCCAUGAUGCAGUCUCAGCCCGUGGUGCGGUCUCAGCCCGUGGUGCGGUCUCAGCCCGUGGUGCGGUCUCAGCCCAUGAUGCAGUCUCAGCCCGUGGUGCGGUCUCAGCCCGUGGUGCGGUCUCAGCCUGUGGUGCAGUCUCAGCGCAUGGUGCAGUCUCAGCCCAACUCUGCCCAGACAGGGACUGGGCAGAACCGCCCUCAGCACAUGGUUCAGCUCUCUGCUGCCUUCCAGCAGCAGCAGCCGCCGCCGCCGCAGCCCCAGCAGGUACUCGGUCCCUCGGCUGCAGGCUCUGAUGCCUUCAGUCGUCCUGCUCAGCCUGCCGGGAUUUCUGGGGCAAUUGCAGCUAAGGGAUUGUACAAGGUCCACCACUUCCGGUUCAUGACAUUCCAGAGGACUUGUGCUGCUGGUGCUCAGGAAUUAGUGUCCCAAGUUUCGUUUCUGGCCUUCAUCAUUUGCCACUGUCCUUUUUGUGUCCUGUUCAUACCUUACACUGCUGAUGAAGGAAAGUCUGAGCUGUCAGCCAGUGUCAAAAUGGCCUUGAACUGCACUGUGGAAAACUCAGAACUGGUUCCUCUGCAUCUGGAGGCCAUCCAAGGGUCUCUUCAUACCUAA